AUGGCUGUGGCAGUAACGACGGCGGCGGGAAGCCCGGCCCCAGAGCCGAUUGUGGUGCGGACAUGGUGUGGACGCCCGUGGAAUAGCUGCUACAUGGAACUCUGGACUCUGGAUCUCCGGUCAACCGAGUUCUGCCUAUGUGGGUGCAGCGACUGGGAGAAUGUUGGAAUCGCCAAGCACACACCCGCCCAGGUGUUCAGCCGCUGUUUUCGAGGGAGCAGCGUGCACAAGCUCGACAGCUCACCGUUGAUUUACGGCCCUGGAAUCAGCGAGAUGAGCAGCGGCGGGAGCACCGCCGAAGCGGUUCAAGAGGAGGUGCGCAGGCCCCAGACUGAUGGACAUGGCCAAGCGAUGCCUCAGGCAGAGGGAGUGUCAGAUCCUGCAGCCACUGUCACUUCUUUGACUCUGCCGGGGGUGUCGGGUCCUGUAGCCACUUCUUUGAGUGUGCCGGGGACAAGCAAAUACAACUGCGGCGCCUGGAAUAUUGCAGGUGAUCCGGUUACAAAGUUGCUGCAGGGUCUCGAGGCUGUGUUGACCAAGAAUCAGACGAAGGCCAAAGAGGAAGUCACAAAGACGUGGAUAGAUGUGCCAAAGCUGGCAGAGCUUUCGGAGGCGAGUGCAGUCGACUUCGGCGACUGGGUGAAUGUCAUGGGUGACUUGAGUACGAACUCCGGUGAAUGGUGGAGGGCGAUGCUUGAAGACGCUCAGAGCUUCUAUCAGCGCUACACGGAGGAGGGCCAGUUUGUCGAGAAGAGAACUGCUUUAGAGCUACUUUCGAAGCUGAUGAUGAUGUACAGGCCGGGCUCCACCGCGGAGAAAUCGCAGCUGUUGAAGAAGAUUGAGGCAAGGAUCAAGGCGGCGGAGCUUCCUCCGGGCAGUGUUCCCAUGCCGACUCCGGCACCGAAGGCUGGAGCGAGGCCUUGCAAGUUUUGUUUGUCCGAUGACGGCUGCCGUAAGUACCAGCACUCCAUGAAUAGCUUGAGUAAAGCUGGGAAACGGGAGCGGUGCUAUGUGUGCGGCACUAAGGGCCACUUGUCCUCUAACUGCCCUACAAAGACGAAGGAGCAGAAGCCUGUGGUGGCAGCAGCACAAGGAGAUUCUCCUCAAUCGUCGACGGGGGGAACGGCUACCAAGAAGGGACAAGGAGGAGCCCACAAGUACGACAACUUCUACGCCAUGCCUACACGGCUGUCGGAGGUUCAGGGUGUCCCGAUUGAGCAGUCCUGA